AAGCCCUCCACGCGCAUUCCGUCCAACACUUUGUCUACGCAGUGAAUGACGCCGUACGCACUUGGCGCGCAUGUUCGCCAGGCCGCUGGCCACGACGCUGCGAGAGCAACCCUCCGUUGCCGAGUGGUCGCCGGGGGGCGGGCGCGGCGCAAGCGUGGAAGUGACUUCCUCACCGCGUCGGCGAAGAAAGCAAGAGCCUUCUCUUCAUGGCCCUUCCUCGCGAACCCGGCGACAACAUCGGUCCCUGGUGAUCUCUGAAACGAGGCAGCAGCUCCUUCUACGUCCCCCAAAACUUCAUGCUGCCAUCCAUCAUGGUGUUCCAGGGUAUCAAAGUUCGGCGAGCCAUUGCGUCGAACACUUUGUGUGCAUCCGGCGAGGCCUUCUAAAUCCACAAUUUAUUUAUUAUUCACUUUUAUUUUGCUUUUCGAAAAAUAUUUUAGCAGUCCCCAUUUCGUAAUUUCAACACUUUCCCAGUGGUAUUCUCGUAACUCCGACCGUGAAAACGAAGCCACGCCAACCAUCCCGGCCGAAAAGGGCAGAAAAUGACCUAAUUUAACGCCUUCUCUCUCUCUCUCUUCGCAGCCGUGGGAGAGUUACGCCGACAUCUCUCUCCUUCUCCCAUGGCGAUCGAAUCGGCAGCGCGUUUUCCAUCUCUCCCAGGCAUCAAUGCGGGAUUUGCGUUCGCAUUGGUAUUGUUGUCGCUUUGGAUCGGAACGGGGAUGGCGGAGAUCCGUGAAAUGGCGGUGCUGUCCGACGCACGGUCUAUCAUCCCCUUUGACGAGUUCGGAUUCACCCGGUGGGGCGGCCUGGAGCUCAACGUCUCCGGCAUCUCCUUCUCCUCCGAUUCGUCGACGGACGAUUUGGACCUGACGCAAUUGGGAUUCUUUCUGUCGACUCGGGACGCCUGGAUCCACGUCCUGCGCCAGCUGCAGGAUCUCGACAUCACCUGUGCCCUCCAGUCGGAGCUCGUCCGCGUCGUCUACUCCUUCGACCGUUUACUCCCGCCACCCAAUCCCUCGGGCAUAGCCGUCGCCCGCGCCACCACCUUCCGUUACGCCGUCAACCUCACCGACAGUCCUGGCCAGUUCACUCUCGUCUUCGCAAACUGUCUCCCGCCGCUCGGCGUCUCCAUGAAAGUCCGCUCUGCCAUGUUCAACCGCCCGGAUCCUAACGAUCCAUCUUCCCGCGCCUACUUAUCUGCCGGCGCCGCCGUGCUCCCCCAAGUGUACUCCUAUCUCUUUUUCGUGUACGCUGCUCUCGCCGUGUUUUGGGCCGCGGCCCUCUUCCGGAGGCGCCGCUCCGUCUUUCGCAUCCACUACUUUAUGCUCUCUGUCGUCAUCCUCAAGGCCCUCAAUCUCCUCUGUGAGGCCGAAGACAAGUCGUACAUCGAGCGCACAGGCUCAGCCCACGGUUGGGAUGUCCUCUUCUACAUCUUCAGUUUCCUCAAGGGCAUAUCCCUCUUCACCCUCAUCGUCCUCAUCGGCACUGGCUGGUCCUUCCUCAAGCCCUACCUCCAUGACCGGGAGAAGAAGGUGCUCAUGGCCGUGAUCCCACUCCAGGUCGUUGCAAACAUCGCUCAGGUCGUCAUCGACGAGUCCGGACCCUACGCCCGCGACUGGGUGACUUGGAAGCAAGUCUUCCUCCUCGUCGACGUGGUCUGCUGCUGCACUAUCCUCUUCCCUAUCGUCUGGUCCAUCAAGAACCUCCGCGAGGCUGCCAGGACCGACGGAAAGGCUGCUGUCAACCUCCUGAAGCUCACCCUCUUCCGCCAGUAUUACAUCGUUGUCAUCUGUUACAUCUAUUUUACUAGGGUGGUGGUUUACGCCCUCAUCACAAUCACUUCUUACCGAUACCUGUGGACGAGCGUGCUUGCUGGGGAGCUAGCCACCCUUGGUUUCUACGUCUUUACUGGGUACAGGUUUAGGCCUGAGGCUCAUAACCCUUAUUUUGCCAUUGAUGAUGAAGAGGAGGAGGCUGCCGCUGAGGCGCUCAAGCUGGAUGCAUGAUGACUAUGAAUUGUGAAGUAAAAAUAUCCAGUAAGCCAGAGAUUAGAGGUUUGUUGCUUCGUUUUCUUUCUUCUUGUAUCUUACAUUACUUCACGUUGUUCCACAUUUGCCACCUGAACAUGUAAAAUCUCGUUCAUUUGCUACCAAAUUAUACAUGCUAGUUAAUGUAUGUUUUUAGUGAUUGUUACAUCCUUGUUCGUAUAUUGAAACUUCCCUCACAUUAUUGUUCUUUGACACUUUUCGAGCUUCUAAUAUUGAUGGUCUA